CUGAAGCAGAACUUAUAGCAACACAUUUUGUUGCAUCCAGAAAUCUUAUCAGUUGUUCUUAUAGAAACGAACGUUUCCUUAUAUAAAAUUUUGUAUUUUUAAAUUUUAUCUGGAAAACAUGCCUUGUUCUUGCGGUAAUACGAAUUGUCCAUGCGGAAUACCAUGUUGUUGCUCGGAGGAAUCAUGCAAGUGUCAAACUUGUGCAAUAGCAUUGUCUAGCUUCUGUAAAAUCUGUAACAAACCAUUAAUUACUGAAGGACAGACAGAUGUAGACAAAUGUUCUUGCUUUAUUAGAGAAUCUACUGCCUUGAUAUUUGAAAAUCGGAACAAUCCACGAUUUCGAAUGGGUAGUAUGCCUAUGCCAGUUGGCUAUUUUGUGUCUGGUAAAUUAAUGGUUAAUGUAAUGAUUCCUGUUCCCGUUUUGAACUUUCCGCAAUUAAUACCCCAGCAACCAGUUUGCUUGAUGCCUCCUCCACCAUCAAUUCAAGUAGAUUCUGGGAACAUUUUCCCUUCUUUUAUCUCUGACGAGAAUGUAAUAAAUCCCUCUAGCACGGAAGAAAAUUCUGGUUCACUUUCUACCGCAGAAUUGCAUCAAAUUUUGAACAAAUCGAGUGAAGAAUCCCGUAACCCAACAUACAGACUAGAGCCUUCUGCCAACAUCUGCAUAAAGGGUGCACAAAAUACAAAAAUAUCUUGUCAGGAAGCAUGCCCUUCACUAGAAUCCUUGCAAUCCACAAAUGAAAAUCAAAGUGUAAAUAUAGUACAAAAUACAAAAUCGAAAAUAAAAGAAUGCGAAGAAUUUUCAAGCACAGAAUCGCAUCAGUUGUUGGACAAAUCCAAUGAGCAGUCCGGCAAUCAUCCUUCAACCAGCAUCAGUUUGAAUGCAAGUACAACCAAUGAGAAUGCAUGUCCCGCACCAGAGUCCUCACAAUCUGUAGAUAAAAAUCAGAUUGUGAACACUGCACCAAACAAAAAAUUGGAAACUGAAGAACAUGCAAAUAUACAAGAGCCAUCUUUAUAUCUACCUUCUAUCACGAUUGGCAAUAUUUCUCAUCCUGUUGGGUUAGCGGAUCCCAUUUGGAGAUUGUCGAAUCCUGCAUUUUGUUCUGCAGGUAAUUAUGACUCGAGUUUAAAGCUCUAUAAUCCAUUUUAUGUUUCUGAAUUAGUUAAUGUCACAGAAACAGUGGCUACUCACAAGAAAGAUAGUUGCUUGCUUAUUCCUGUUCUAAAUUUUGAAGGUAAUAGUACGCAAUGCUUCACAAAGAAUGCAGAUAAUGUACAAACAGACAGUACCAUAUCCUUACAAAAGAAUCGGCAACCAUUAGAUCCGACAAAAAUAAUGGAACAAUCAAAUGUAGUGACUAAUGGAGAAUAUGUUGAAUUUGCAGUUUCGUCCAAUGGCGCUGAAGGAAGCGAAUGUGUUGUUCCUACCACAUUGGUUGGACAGAGCAACCAUCUGCAGGUUUUUCCUACAAAUGGUAUUGCUCACCAAAUGUUAGGUAAUACCCUUCCUGAAGCAUCUAAUGACCAAUGGCAACAAGGGACAUGGUGGGACAAUUUUUCACAAUUUUCUUUACCAACUGCGCCAGUAACGCAGUAUAUACAGGAAAAUUUGAUUCCCAGUCAGACUUCAGGAUUUCAGAAUAUGUUUACCCCGUCUAAUAAUAAAAACAAGGAACGAAACGAAUAUUUGCUAAGCGAUAAUAAUUUAUUUGUCUCGGAAAUGAACCGCAGGAAUAACGAAGAUAGUGCUUUACAUAACUCCAUACCACUCUAUUUAGAUCCUAGUACUACUCAGAAGAUGGAAAAACUUUUGAAAUCUGCUCUACGGUUAAAUGUUAAUUCACCAACUUCUAGUGAAAAGUCUUCUUAAGCUUUUCUAAUAAUAUCUAUCAAACAGAAUGAAGGCAAUAAUGAAGACUUGAAGAAAAUUUAUUUUAAAUUGACGUCUCAUAUUCACUUGAGAUAAAAAUUGGAUAAUUAUAGGCUAUUCCUCUAUGAGAAAUAUCAGCUUUAUGCCUUUUACUAAGGAAAUUUAACUGUUAAUUUUGUUUUUAUUCAUG